CCACUCCUCUGCAGCGCAAGCGCGUUGUGCCACUCCAUCUUCACAUCCCAAACCUAGGAGAACCAGAGACAGUUGUCGAUAGGAACCAUGGGAAUACCACAACACUAAGAUGUCAUCUCUCGUGGGGUGUGGAGUCACUGAAGGAAAACUACUUUUGUCGUCAAAUUGAUGUUCGUAAAAGGAGAGAGAAUCUGAAUCUCUGAAACCGAUGGACAUGUGUCUGGCCAGUUAUGGGCCAUCACAGUGUUUUUUCCCCAUGAUUCACUCCAGCUCUCACCUAUGUUGCUGCGUGGUCUUCCUGAAUCGGAAUCGGAGUCGGUGUCUAUGGCCCUGAAUGGAAGAUAGAGUUAUGGAACUCUUAUUGCCAUUUAGUAGGGUGGCCAUGAAGGACCUUAAAGGGUAAAAUUAGCAGGGAGCUUGCCUCACCCCUGAUCCAGCCCGUACCGCCAAGCAUCAAACUGUGCAAGGGAAGUUGCAGCACACAGGCCUCCCCAUUGGAAGACAACGAUGACAUGUGUUGUGAAGACAAUGGCUGACGUGUAAUAUCCUCUGAGGUGUUGUGUGCAAAACCAGAGCAAUGAAUGGAGGAAAGGAUCGUGAGGGAGGGGGGUUGCAAGGCCAGACUGCCCCUGUCCAGGUCCCCAUCGGCUGGCAGCGCAAGGUGGAUCCCAGUGGGGUCCACUACAUAAGCCCUAGUGGAUCUGUGCUGUCGAGCCAAGAGCAGGUCAAAACCUACCUGCUCACAGAUGGGACCUGUAAGUGUGGCCUGGAGUGCCCACUUCUCCUUCCCAGGGUGUUUAACUUCGAUCCCGGAGCUGCGGUCCAACAGAGGACAGCGGAGGAUGUGAGGGCAGAUGAAGAUGUCACCAAACUCUGCAUCCACAAGAGAAAGCUUCUGGCUGUAGCAACGCUACACAAGAGUAUGGAGACACACCCGUCUCUGACCCUGACCAGCCCUGGGGGAGGUACAAAUUCAACAGCAAUGGCCUCCACACAUUCCACAACACAGCGAGCAAUAAGGAACAGGCCCCAAGAGGCGCUGCCCAACUCUGGGGUUCCUGACUGCAAGAACCCUUUCAAAAUGAUGAUGGUGGCGGGCCAGCAACGGCACUACCCACAAGAGAUGAGCGGCUCCCAGCAGCAUCAGGAUCUCUACCCUGGAUACCCCAGGCAGCAAGUCCCCAAAUCUCCGUACCGCCUGGGCUACGGGGCCAUGCUGACUCCACCCUCCUCCAGCUCUCAGCUGUUUGGGGAAGGCUCUCUCUCUCCCAGGACAGACUCUCUGGGCAGCCCAGAUAGGUAUCCUCGGAACAACCCCUGUGGCUUCCUUGGAGGCCACAGCCCCGGCCCCGGCUCCAUCCACGGCAGUAGCAGGACCCGCCUCUCCCCACCUACCAUGCUGCUUCACGGCUCUCCUGCAGCCCAGCCAUCCUUCGCUAUGGCAGGGAGGACUAGCACGCCCCUCUCUCCCACUGCCACCGCCAAAAGCCCAGUCAUGAACAAACCCCGAGGGAACUUCCCUCCAAGUCUGGAUAUGCCACGUAUGCCGUUUCACCACAAAACACAGCCAGCCCCUCACCCUGGGCCCCCGCCAGCGAUACCUCCUUCCUGCGCCCUCCAGAAAAAGCAGAUGACCUCUGAAAAAGACCCUUUAGGCAUCUUGGACCCCAUCCCCAGUAAGUCCAUUGGUCAGAGCUCCACAAACUCCAACACCUCCAACUUCCAACCUAGUAUCCACUCUCAGGUACCAAUGAUGAAUGUAAACAUCCCCCCUGCCAUUGUCCCUUUGCCCAGCAACCUACCUUUACCCACAGUCAAGCUUGGGCCGAUGGGCCACUCUCAACGGACUCACCAGACCACUGCCUCCAUGUCCCCUUCCCCUGUCACCUCCCCAGUGCACAUGGCAGGGCCGCCUCUGGGCAGGAUAGAGGCUUCACCCCACCGCUCGCGGUCCUCCUCCACCUCCUCCGACCACGGCAACUUCGUCAUGCCCUCGGGGCCCCAGGCUCCGGGCGGUAGCAUAAAGGUUCCUCCUCGCUCCCCCAGGUCUGCCAUGGGCUCCCCCCGCCCUGCCAUGCCCUCCAGCCCCUCAGCCAAACCCGACGCCCUCCACCAGUACAAAGACACGCCCAGCCAGCUUCUGUCUGGGAUGAGUAACACCAUCAGCACCCAGCACAACCCCAUGUACCCCCCCACCUCGGGCACCAGUGCCCCCCAGAAGGGCCACCCAGGCCUGCUGGGGAUGCCUCUCAACCAGAUACUGAAUCAGCAGAAUGCUGCCUCCUUCCCAGCGAGCAGCUUACUGUCAGCAGCAGCCAAAGCACAGCUAGCAAAUCAAAACAAACUGAGUGGCAACAGUGGUGGAGGUGCUGGCCUGGGGGGCGCAGAUGGCCUGGGGAGUGGGGGUGGGAACACGGGCGGUAACAGCAGCAGUGGUCAUCCGGGCCCUUUGGGCGCCAUUAGGAGUGCGGAGGGCCACAGCUCUUUAAACCCCAUGCUGCCCCCCAACUCCACGAUGCUGCUGACCAUGUCUGAGGGCCAGAGCGGAAGGGCCGCUCUUCGGGACAAGCUCAUGGCCCAGCAGAGAGACCCUCUCCGCAAGCGCAAGCAGGCUAACAGUACCCCUAACCACGACAGCAUGGUCUAUAACAUGCUCAACAAGCCUGCCAUGGGAGGGCCCAUGCCCAACGGCCCGGCAGAACAGCUGAGGAAGGCGGCCCGGCUCGGGGGGCUACCGCCCAACACUUCCAUGGCCCAGCUGCUCCAGUCUAUGAGCUGCCAGGGUUCCCACAUGGCUGGGAACCACCGGCCAGGGCCGGCCGGCCCAGGUCAGAUGCACUACAGCGAUGGGCACAUGGCUCCAGCAGUUUCGCAGCAAAGUUUCCUCUCCCAGCAGAGACUCCUCAGCCAGGGGGAUGGAUUGCACUGCCAGACCAUGGACCUAGGAGGCCACAGCCAGUUCCCAGGGAUGAUGAGCCAGAUGCAGGCUGCAUCGCUGGGGAACUGUGGCCCUCUGGGGCCUGGUGGGCCCGGAGGCCCAGACGGCUUGGCUCUGGGGCAGGCUAACAUCAACCCACCACCCUUGUCCCACCCAAGCCAUCACCCCCAGCAGCAGACCCUCCUCCACAGCAGCCUGGGUCAUACCAACCAGUCGGCUAUGGCUGUCAACAGCAACGAUAGGAGCUGUGGCCAGCCUUUCUCUAAUCCAGGUGACCCGACGUCCCUCAACUGCGGUAUGCGCAGCCCCCGGCUGGUCAGCCUGCAGCUCCACCACGGUGGGGGGGGUGGUGGUGGUGGUGGCCAGGUGUACCAGCACCACAGCCAGGCCCAGCACCAGUCCCUCCACCACCAGAGCCUGCAGGGCCACCCCAGGUUCCAGGGCUCCCAGGUCUACUCUGAAGUCCUCUACCCAGACUGCAGCUCCUCCUCCAACUCCAUGGCUUGUCUCUACCAAAACUACCAGGUGUGUUUACCUGACAAUGUCCCUGUCCCCCAAACUCAAAUGAACUCCCAGGCAGGGAUGGCGUCCCUUCCCGAGCCGCAGGGCAUGCUCUCCCACCCGCAGUUUGGUGAGGCGCGGGGGGAGCGGCCAGGCCCAGGCGAGGGGCUGCCCCCGGGGGGGGCGGCCUCUGACAGGCUACCGGCAGCCGGUGGCGAGUCGGUGGACGCCAUUUACAGAGCGGUGGUGGACGCCGCCAGCAAGGGCAUGCACGUGGUGAUCACCACCACGGUGAGCGGCACCACAAACACCAGCCCCGUGCCCGCCCUCAGCGCCAUGAGUGCCUUCACUGCCUCCAUAGGGGAUCCGCUCAGCCUCCCCGGCGCGGCCAUCCACAGCCACAGGGGCCGCCAGGAGGCCGAGGCAGCCCUGAGCCAGCAGCACAGAGCCAGGCAGGCCAGGCCAAGCCUGCCCCAGAACAACCCCGAGCAGGGCAAGAGCACCGGCGAAGGGCCAGACGCCCACGGCUACUUCCGGUCCCCGGGCUGCGGCACCCCCAGAGGACAGUGGGAGGGCGAGGCUCACUCGGGCCUGGACGGCCACGGCGCCCCCUGGGGGGGGGAGGAGUUCCUGGAGUGCUCCACCCAGGUGAGGAGCAGCCCCUGCGUGGAGCGGCCGGCUGAGGGCUCCCAAGACCACGGCCCCCCCCUUCUGGAGGACGGCUUCCGCUUCAACGCCUGCGGCAGGACGCCCACCCUCAACUACAAGGAGCGCCUGGAGCAGAUGGUGGAGCGCUGCGCCCACGCCAACGGCGGGGCCCAGUUCUCCGUGAGAAGCUACGCAGACAGCCUGGGGCCCCACAGGCAGGAGCUGACGGGGGACGACCAGUCUCCCAGCUCCUCCACCAGCCUGGAGGGCCCCCUGGCCAAGGAGUACGGCCACUACAACGGCCACUUCAACGGCUGCGCGCCCAGCCCCUCCGACACCAAGAGCCUGAGCAGCGAGGAGGACCUGCGCCACCCGGACUCGCCCUCGUCCGAGCUGCUCCAGUACCGGCCCAGGAGCUUCAACAUGAGGGACCUGGUGUGGGGCGGCUUCCCCUCCUGGCCCGGCAAGCUGGCCGGGGAGGAACAGGUGCACAACACCAGCUUGCAGCUCCGAGACCAGGGCAAGGUGGAGCCUGAGAAACUGAAGACACUAACUCAUGACCUGGAGGCACUUGAAAGAGCCACGAAACGGAACAGAAAAGUUGGGAAGUUGAAUAAUCACUUAGAAGCUGCUAUACACGAGGCCAUGAGUGAGCUGGACAAGAUGUCGGGCACGGUUCAUCAGUUACCUUCAAGAGAUAAGCAGGUGAAGCUGCCCAAGCCCAAGAGAAGAAAGAUCUCCAGAUAACAUUGAAUGCGUGGUUCUAAGAACUAUACUCAGCCUUGGAACAACGUUCACCAAGCCUUGUGCCGUUUGAACCCUACCAGGUGCUACAAUAUGGAUAGUGGUACAUUCUUGUUCCAUUUAUUCCCUGACUGACUUUGAAGGUGCUGGAAAAGCCAAUCACAAAUACAGUUUAGAAACUGUAAGCAACGGUUGCAUUUUGUCUACAGCUCGCUGAAUAACUAUUUUUUGUUAGAAUAAGAUAUUAAACAAAAUGACAAAAAAAAAUCUUACAUUUAAGAAAAUAGACAGUCCAAAUAUUUCUGAUACAUUUUCAAUAUGUAUAUAGAUAAUGUGGAAGUUUCAUGAUAUUAAGAAAGUUUGUAAAUAUUGUACAAUAAUGUCAUGUACAAGCGUACUUAAUGCAAAUUUUAUCUUUUAUUGUACAAAACAAAGCAGAGGUGUACCAAUGUCUUGGUUUUUAUUCGGUACACAGUCACUGAGACUGAAUGCAUAGGGUAAAGCUUUUAUACAAUUUCGAUUAUACCUGCUGUUUUUGUAUCAAACAGCAGGUGAACAGGCAUGAUGUUACCCCUUGAAAAAUGACAGCCACUCAACACAAGUAAGCGUUCGUUUAUGUUCAAACAGAAUGAACCUUACCAGCCGAACGCGUGUCUGUGCUUCUAACUCAACUCACCCAACUGCAGGCUACAUUGGAGUCGAAGACCAUUCAGCUGUUGCAAUAUGAUUUUGUGGUCAUCCUUCUUAUGAUUUUCAAUUAUUAUUAUCAUUGUCUUGCCAGUUCUCCUGAAGAUAGAGUAACCAUCCUGAAGAGUACUGUACAAUAUAGUAUGCGACCUAAGCCUAGAUUGUGAAAAAAAACACUAACUGCCUAUGUUUUCAGAAAUGGUGAAAUAAUUUCUCAAUUGGAGGCCUUAAAUGUUUUUUAUUUUUGUUUGUUUAAUGUUAUAACUUAUUCAUGUACAGUAUUUCAUAUUUAUUUGUAAGCUUUACAAUAUGCUAGAUGGCAAUAAUACUACCAAGAGUUAAAAGCUCCAGCCUUAUGUGUGUCUGCGUUUUUUACACGGGAAUAAUCUUUGUACAAUGUUCUGUUAGCAGUUAACAUCAAUAUUCCUUUAUUUAAAAGUCUGCUUUUUUAACACAUGACCUUGUUUUUACAGAUCUGCGAGCUAAUUGUUGCAACAGAAGAUUGCUAAAAUGUCCAGAACUGGUCCAGAACUGCUUAUUGGAUCCUUGCAGGAAGUGUAGUAUUUAAAUAGAGUAUUGAUUCCUUGCCUGGACAAGCAAGUCCAGUCCAUGACAGUCCAAGAAUGCAGACAGACGUCAGCUUCAGAAACUGUAUGGUUAAUUAUGACAAUAUUAUAACACUAUUUCAGACAGUUAGUUAGGAUAGUUAAGACAUCUGUGGAUUUGUUGAAAUUAACGAUUGUGCGUCAUGAAGAAAUUCUUACCUGCCCCUAGAGACCUUGGCUUUCAGUGUUCUGUCAGUGUUAAGUGGGAGCAAAGAUAAAAAUACGACAUGAGGUUAUCACAAAACGGCAGUGGAAUAGAGGUUGUACAUGAUUGUGCAAUCAGUCCAGCUACUGUAAUAUUUGUUUUUCUAUAGUUACAGAGUAUUUCAAUUCACUACACACUUGUCAAGUGCAAUACAAAGUAGACAAGGUUUUACGCAUUUCAGAGGGUUUCCAUUCAAUGGGCUCGUUCACAGUUGUUUUGGUGCAGAAUACGCUUUCUUACAUUGUUUUAUCAAACUACUGUAACUUCAAGCAAGAAGCAUUUCCGACUUUUUUGUUUUCAAGAUGAUGGGGGAUGUCUGCAGUCAAGAGAACACGUGCUCUUUUGGUAAAGUCCAUUCUGACCUUGUAAAGACACCAAGAUCCAGUAGCGUCCUCUUUGUUAAACUGAUUGUUUUGUUUGUUUUUCUCAGUUGAAAGUAUUCUUGACCACGCAGGUCAGCAACAAAACAUGUUUUUUUCCUUCAAAAGAUCAAAUAUAGUCUUCAUUUUAUUUUCACUGAGAUUGUGCGUGUGAGUAUGUGCAGUUAGUUUUCUUUUGGAUAUGCCAGUGAGGUUAUUGUUUUACCUUGUGUUCCAUUACCUUUGCUUGCUCUUUGAACUUUUACAAACAUUUUGUUGUCAGGGUUGUUUUCAACUUGUAAUUAAGUAUAUAUUUUCUCACUAAUAUAUACUUUACAAAAAUAGACUUUGUGAAGUAUGAUGUGCACUUGAUCUCACUUGUUGCGUUGGUGUGUGUUAGUAAUAGUUUAUUGGAGUCCAUAAUUUCUAAUUGUUUGGAUUUUUAUGAUUUGUGUAACCAGAUGUUUUUGUAAAUAUUGUGAACAUUACAGGUCAUGCAGUGAUGUAACAUUUGAACAAUGUUGCACAGAUGUUUAAGAUAUUAAAAACUGGUCACUCUUACUUGAAAA